UCUCUCUCCCUCCCUCACCCUCUCUCUCCCUCCCUCCCUCCCUCACCCUCCCUGUCUGUCUCCAGCUGAUAGAGAACAGUAUGUGUCUGCUGAGGAAUCUGUCCUAUCAGGUUCACCGGGAGGUGCCGGGCGCUGAGCGCUACCAGGAAGCCAUGUCCCUCAACCAGGGCCCUGCCCCCUCCACUGGAAAGACCAACCGCUUCAGCUCCCGCAGAGGCAAAGAUGACUGGUGUUCUAAAGGGAGAAAUGAAGACGGAGCAGAUAUGAUUGACAUUCCAAAGAGGACUACACCUGCCAAAGGUUAUGAGUUGUUGUUCCAGCCAGAGGUGGUGCGUGUCUACACCUCUCUGCUGAAGGAGAGUAAGAACCCCACCGUGCUGGAAGCCUCCGCCGGAGCCGUGCAAAACCUGUGUGCCGGACGCUGGACCUAUGGGCGGUAUAUCCGUGCGUUGUUGCGUCAGGAGAAGGGUCUUCCCAUGAUGACAGAGCUGUUGGCCCAUGGCAACGACCGGGUGGUGAGGGCCAUGUCUGGAGCUCUGAGGAACCUGGCUAUCGACGCUCGCAACAGAGACCUGCUCGGUAAACAUGCAGUUCCCCACCUGGUAUCCAACCUGCCUGGUGGUGGGUCAGAGCAGCCUGUGAGGGCUCUGUCAGAGGAGACGGUGGGUGUCUGUACUGAGCACCCUUCAUGA